AUGGAUUAUGCUUCAAUAUCAUCAUACUCAUCGUUGCUGGAUUCAUCAUGCGAAUGCAAUGGAGCUGUUCGGAUGGAUUACCCAUUAGAAUAUAACCAAGUUGACGUUUUGGGUUCUUGUAAUGGCUUAAUUUGCAUGGGUAUUUCAAGUGACAUUUUGGGUGCUAGUAUGCUUUGCAAGGACGCUAGUAUUUGUAUAUGGAACCCAUCAACCAGGGAGUAUAAGAAAAUACCGGUACAUAAGCGUGAUUUCAGUCUUUACUCAGAUAAUCGUUGCAAUAGAUAUGGGUUUGGUUAUGAUCACAUCAUCGAUGACUACAAGUUAGUAAGGAUCUCGGAAAACGAAACCUCGAGUUGCUUUGAAGUUGAAGUUUAUACAUUAGGGUCAAGUACAUGGAGUUGCACUCGAGCAAGUCCUUACACAUUUCCUUAUGAAAGAAGAUUCCGUGGUUUGCUUUUCAAUGGAGCUCUUCAUUGGUUAGGUGUUGCAGUCACUCAAGAAAACUCUCCUGAAGUUAUUGUGUCUUUUGAUAUUAGCAGUGAGAAAGUCCUUGAGUUGCCAUUAUUACCAGAACAAACUACGUUGUAUCAAGGAAAUCGAAAAGCCCGUAGAAAUCUAGGAACAUUGGGUGAUUGUCUUUGUUUAGUCUCAAAUAUCCCUCGGAUUCGUACCGAUAUAUGGGUGAUGAGGAAGUAUGGAGUUGAUGCAUCUUGGACUAAACAAUUCACAUGUUCCCAGCAAAUAAUACCCAAAUAUCUUUACUCGAAGCCCAUAUGGUCUCUUCAAAAUGGGGAAUUUCUGAUUGAUGUCGACUAUGGGUUUGUAUAA